AAAUAGUGAAUAGCUUAUUUCUUCCCCAAAUAAAACUGAACCCUAAUUUCUUCCCCAAAUUUCUCUUCAAAUCUGAAAUUCGUUCAGAGUGCACCUAUGUAGCAAUCGUCAGCGAUUCGAUUCUUCCUCUUCAAAUCUGAAAUCGAUUCUUCUGUUCCUACUUCCUAUUGAUUCAAAUUCCGACGAUUCAAUUUUUCCUCUUCAAAUCUGAAAUCGAUUCUUCUGUGCCUUUUUAUGUCGUCAGAGAAGGAAGAAUCAAGCUCCACAGUGAAACGCAAAUUAUCAUGCUUUGAACACUUUGAUGCACUCUGGUUCUGCUACUCCCCGGUUUAUCAAAUGAAGCAGUAUUACAGGCUUGGUACUCUUGAUAACUGUCGCGGUAAAUGGAAAGCAUGGACUGACUGCUUAAUGCUCAAGACUAAACCCAAAUCUCAACUCGAGGAAGUACUCAAAGCUCGUGAGAAUUCAAAAAAGCCACACAUCUGGAAUUUUCGAACGCGAUAUGAAGCUUCACAAAACUGGCAAAAAAUGUAUGGUCAUUUAGAUAAGCCUGAAUGAGGAAAGUCAUUUUGCACAAAUGAACUUUUAUUGCCUUAUAAUUUUACUGGUGGUUUAGAGAAAGAGACAUUCAGAGACCAAAUAAAGUUUAUACCAAAUUGAAGGUACCAGAAAGCAAGAUUUUCAUUCUUAUUUUCUGCGAAGCCUUCACAUUGAAUUCUGAAUUGAGAAGACUUAGCAUAUUAAGUUUCUGUUAAUAAUGUUUUAAAAUUUGUCUGAUAUUCAUUUUCAUAGGAUUUAACCGUAAUGAAAUUUUGGCCUCUAUCUUCUUCAUUCAAUUGUAUCAUAUUUUUACCAUGUGUUGUCUAAAUGACCAUAAUGGAUAAAUUUCAAAGAUCGUCGUAUGUUUGUGUAGUUUGUUUGUUUACGAUGCUGACAUUUAUAAUA